GAUUUAUUUUGUCUUCGACUGUAGAUUAUUUAUUUCUCAAGUUGCAACUGGAAAUUUUCUGGAAUACAUCUAAGUAAAGUGAAUAAUCCAGUGUGCCAUAUUGUGUAAGUGGUGAACUUUUAUCCAAAAUUGAUUUGAAAAUUUCGGAAAUAAACAAUAUGGAUUUUCCAAAAAGGAGUUAGUAGCUGAAACAGACUUCGCGAAAUUGACGAACUAUGCUAAAGUGGACCACAAACCACUGCAGGACCGAAAUUGACUUUUUACCGAAACGCAGUUACCCUGGAAUGAUUGAAAUGCGAAACUUAUUUAGGACUCCACAAUCGCACAAAACUCCUGCUGACCAGAAAGCACGGCGGAAAUCCUUGAGUAUUUUACGAACGCGGCUGCAAGAACAUAAAGAAAAUUUGCAGACCAACUUCCUGAGAAGGUCUUUGGGUAGCAGCAGUAGCCCCUUGCUGGACAUCAGUAAUGGUCAAUCACCAAACAGAACACCUCGUACGCCGGGGCGGAGAGUAGCCCAACGGCAAUUUGCGAGAACCUUACCCACUUAUGAGGCCGAGGAAUCACCGGAUAUGUUUCAACCUAUCGCCCCUCGGAUAAGGCCCUCGCCGCAAGCAUCAUUGAGUUCGUCACAGAUUGGCGAUACCACCCUUGACCGAUUGAUUGAUGCAAUUAUCGAGAGCGCAAAGAAGGAAUUUCCUGGCUACGAGCCCGGCAACGAUUCCUCGGCAGAGACCAGUGUUCAUGAAAUGGAAGUAAAGACUCCUGAGGGCUGCCAUCACCUCAAGCGGCAGAGAGUAGUUCGCAGGAAGACGAAGCCAACGGAGCACGAGCCUACAAAAAACUCCACUAGUAGCCUGACCAUCCCCAAUGGAAUUCCCAGUCCAGAGACUCCGCAAACGUCAAACCCUUCCUCGGAAAAACGAUUGGAACUUGCCAAUAUGGAGACUCCUGAAAACAUGACUUUCGUUGUUGACUCCUUUCCGGGGAUUUUUUCGAAAAGCUUGCAAGGAUGUUCAACUCCAAGUCCAUCGAAAACUAACUCAAUCAAGCGGUGCCUGCACUUUUCACCUGAGGACAUGGAAGAUUCAGACGUAGAUGGCUCUUUAAAUGAGAAACGAAAAUCGGUCGCCUCUUCCACUUCGUCAUCGAGCAUCUCCAUCAACAAAAACGCGUCCAUUGACUUGGCCAUUUUUGCAGAAAACGGGAAGCUGAACGUGCAUGUGAUAAGAUGCCGAGAUCUGCAACGCCACAAUGGAUGCACUGCCUUGAAUGCUUAUGUGAAGGUCGCUAUACUUCCACCCAAUCCACACCAGGACAUUGGGUUCCAAAGGACGGCUGUGCACAGGAACUCCAGCAGACCGUACUUCGACCAUCGGUUUAAGUUCGACAUAAGCGACAGGAGCCAAUGGGAAAAAAGGAUCCAGUUGGCUGUCUGGCACAGGGACCGCGACUUGAAGCGCAGCGAGUUCUUAGGAUGUCUUUCAUUCCCGAUAAAAAAUGUUGUUAAAACCGCCAUCAACGGCUCCUACAAAUUACAAUCUCAAUCAUGCUUGACUAACCCACAACCACCAACUUUAACCCCUGCUUCGCAGCACUCCUCACAUCCCGUUAUACAAUCAUCUCUCUCGAAACAUUCCGCCAACAGCACCUGCUUCACCAACGAAAUGGCAUCAACCACCACAGCGAAUCAUCAACAACCGAAGCAGCGUACAAGUAGCGUUGAAGAGGAAGUGAUUAGCCUGGAUAGUGUACCGGCAGAUAGCAGCCAUCCGAAAGCAACGGCCGAGAGUAACCCAGGCGGACAAACUAUUGUGUUGAGCAAGAAGGCUAUUCAUCAACGUGAUGCAGAUGAGAACCUGUUCCUACGAUUCUUGGAGUUGGAUCCGCCUCCGGACGGAAGCGGAUCUGGAUCACAAGGAUCUGGACCCCAUCGAAGAAUGUCUACAUUUAAGCCGGCCGUAGGACGCACUCCAUUCACUAUCACGAAGAGGCUGACGCGAACUGCUGAAAAGGGUUUUGGAUUCUCAAUUGUUUGGACUCACCCCCCACGAGUGGAAAAGAUUGAACCUGGUCUUUCGGCGGAAAAAAAUGGAAUCAUUCCAGGUGACUACGUUAUUUUCGUGGAUAAACACAAUGUGGUAACGAUGCCGGAGGCUGAUGUCCUGAAUUUAAUUCGAUCGCAAGGGAAUAGUUUAACGAUCGAAAUUUUUCGACGAUCUGGACCAUCGAAUAUUUCCGGUCUUGGUGCUAGUGGUGCCAAUCGUGUAGGUAGCAGUAUCCCAACUGGAGCAACAUACCCUAUUGUCGUGAAUACAAACGUGAAUGGAUUAAGUAGUAAAAAGGUUACUAGUGCAGCGAAUAACUAUAUAGCAGAAGAAAUGUCCCCAGCCAUUAAGCAGACAGUGGGAGUUGAACCCCGGUCGUCGACAGUCUGCUCGAACACUUCGUUAGAGACAACUAAGAGAAGGCUGCAUUUACCCCAAGUUACGUUUAGUAAAGAGUCCAUAGCCCCUUGUCAUACCAUCGAGGACCAACGUCGUCGCAUUCUAGUGCAGGUCAUCACUCGAGAGCAAAAUUUUGUGAACACACUUCAAUUCGGAAUGCAACGAUUCGCAAUACCUCUCCAAGAACGUCGUGAUCUCAUUUCUCCAAAUGAUCACCGGACCUUGUUUCAAAAUAUCGACGAGUUGAUUCGGAUAUCAGAGGAUAUACUGGAACAGUUGGUACAAGAUGAUCAGGAGAUUCCAUUAAAUUUCGCAUCGCGGGUGUAUCUAUCGAAGACGACAGCAAUAUGUGCGGCCUACAAAAAGUAUUGUAAUGGUAUAAAGAGAGCUGACUGUGUAUUGGUCAACAAAUCCCGUCAGCCAGGCUCCGAUUUCGUUAGCUUUAUCACCGAACCACAAGUGCCACGUAAACGUCCCGAUUUGACAAUGUUUAUACAUCGACCCCUCCAACAUUUUCGUGAAAUUCUAAAAUUGAUGCAACUCUUAGCGUCCCAUUGUCGUGUAGAUAGUGAAGAACAUAAAAAUUUUACUUCCGUUAUAAAUGAAUUACAAGCUGCCUACCGGGAAAUUACGGUAGGCGGUGGCUUAAUGGAACCACUCGGUGAAGGUAGACCGCUUCUCACGCUUCAAGACUUGGAGUCAAGAAUGGUAUUCACUAAGUGUAAACCAUUCACAUUGGCCGUACAAGGAAGGCAGUGGAUUUUCGGCGGUGACCUAUCUAGGGUGGAAGGACGAUCAGUGAAACCAUAUUGGACUUUACUGUUUAGUGAUAUUCUAGUAUUUACAAAAGUUAGUAGGGAUCGAGUAAUGUUCAUCACUGAGGAGCCGUUGCCUAUAGCUAAUAUAGUUGACUCUUGCUUUCAUAUGAGGAAAAAAACAACUGAAUUCAGGAUAACUGUCGAUCCCAAUGGACGAACAGCCGAAAGUCCAACCGCUUAUUGUGCACCUGAUUUGUCGAGGACACCAAAGAAAAGCCUACGUAGAAAAAGUUUAAUACUACGAGCGCCAUCCCUGGAGCUGAAAGCUGUUUGGCAGAAUUUGUUACAGCGACAAAUAUUUUUAGUAAAUGCAGCAUUAGGUUCCACGCCGCUUUCUAGUCCGUUGGAAUCACCAGAUAUUUUUAAUACUUUAGUUCCACUUUGCGAUAUCGGAGCUACGACUACAUCAAUGGCGUCAAUGAAGCUUUCAUCAAUGGAUAGUAUAAACAAUAGAAAUCUCCAGAAUCGAACCAUUAGUGAGUCCCAACAAAUAGAACAGUUAAUCGACGAGAAAUGUCGCAUAUUGAAUAAAACUGGAACGCCGAAAGGAAGCGCAAUACACUUGGCCAAUUGGAUGAAGGGACAGUUAGAUAAGCAACAAGAGCAAGCCAGAAUGGUCGCUGCCGAACUGAAAGAACUAAACAACGAACAGUGCGAUGCAGAAACACUCGACGAACCGCCCUUGGAGGAGGAAAAAAUAACGUUCUGGACUCGUGAACAACUGGAAAAAAGAACGAAAGAGCUAAAUUUGGCCAAGGAGAACGGAUGCCCCAAGCCAUCUGCCGUAAAACGACGUCUAAGUGGAACGGAGGAAGAUCUUAUCAGUGACGUCGAGGAUGAAAUCAAGAGUCCUUCUCGUAGCACAACGUCCGAUAGUCAGAUAACAGUUCGCUCAAGUCCUAUAGCAAAUGCAGCUGAUAAGCUAUCAGUUUGCCGGCAUUGCCACAAAAACUGCAAGAAAAAAUCAUCGCAAUCACCAACAUUACUUUGUAAUUCGCUUAAAGUUCAACAUAGCCAAGCUUCACCGAAUCGUUGUUGUCAACUGAGUUCCUUAGCGAACGCAAACAACACUAAUGGUAUUGCUAGUUUUGCCAGUUCAAUACAGAUGAGCAUGGCUUUCCUAGACGAAGUCAAAUCUAACUCAGAUACUCUGUCGACAACAGCUUCGACCACGAUUACCCCGUCCAAGAUAUUAAUCAGCCAAUCCAGCGAUUCUGUCACACACAAAAGUAAAACAACGGCUACAUCGACAACGUCCCUUACAACCGUCACAUCCACACCAUCACCGAAGACAAUAAGUACGAAACCAAGCAGAGUAUCGCCACCUCACAAAUUCAUCCCUUGCAACUGCAAAUGUAACCCCGAAGACUUCGAGAACUCAACGGUAAAAGCAGACGAACUUCAUCAGGAAACUUGUAGACUUUUGGACGAUGUUUCUAAAAUAUCUCUGAACACCCUUAUGAAGGAUACCAACGAUAUCCACAAGAAUUGCAAAUGUAUUUGCAAGAAUGGGGUGGACAAACAGCAACGAACUAAAAAUCAGAAUGGAGAUCAAAGAGAAGAGCAUGACGGACAGAUCCCGUCUCCUAAAACGGCUGAAGAAGAUAUUUCUUUGGUGCUAAUUGGUUUGGCUCAAUUAACACCAGCUGCCAAACUAGUGAAUUCCGAAGGCUUCGUUCCUUCAAUAUCAGUAGUGCCACCCACCCCUGAUGCAGUCCUCUCCAAAACCUCAACUUGCAUUUGGGAUAACACAACAACAACUUCAACAACGGCUAAAGUAACUAUUAAUCACAUACCGCAUCAAAAUACUACUGAUACCAUCACAGAGGAUUCACCGGACGAGUCACCCCAAGACGAAGAACCACCUUAUAAAGCGUUAAAUACAAGUCUACGACGCUACGGAACACUCUCCAGUCUAGAAAAGGUGGCGUCCGAAGAUGGUGAUGACGAGGAUGUUGACGAUCAAGGAGAUGAGGAAGAGGACGAUGAUGAUGACAUUGAAGUCAUUACCAGAGAGGUUUUCACUAACGCCAACAACAACGCCUCACUCAGAAACUGGACAGCGCGAGCUGGAUCCUAUGUUGCCGAAAAAAUGUCAUUUUUCGAAGAGUCUCGCGCUUUUAUCGAUAAGUACUUGGGUAGAUGGCAUCAGGACCAAGAGAACGAGGAAGAUCAUAUUGGUGAAGACGAGCAAAUGGAUGAAUGUACCUCAGGAGCAACGUCCGGUGAAGAGGUGUGGGGCACUCCGACCAGUGGUGGUGAAAAUGACGACAUGAACAUGCAAAACUCCGAUCACACCCAAUCGUCACCAACGAAGUCCAGCUCCUCAUUAAAUGGGGAUGAUGACACGGAAUUGAUGAUGGAUGAGCUUUUGAUGGCCCCACCAAUGACGGCCAGUACCAUCAGAGGCCUUUUACCACGGCGCCGUUUAGAACCUCUUUUUGAAGAGGAAAGCGAAAGUGAGGAAGAGAGGACACAGCAAGAGGAAGAAAGCUUAGUGAAAAAGGGGGAAACGUCGGCAAAUGGCUACGAUUUAAGUGGAUUUUCAAGAGGUAUAACGACCGUGGUAGCAUCCCUCCCAAAUACACUGCCAUCAUCGGCGAGACAAAACUUAAACGAAAGAAUGUCGUCCGAUGUAAUGCUGACGGAAGUAAACAUUCCACCGGCGGUAUCAAUAACAACAACUAUGACCAUGAAGACAACAAUUCUUCCGACUACGGCCGUAAAUUCAGUGGAAUCGAGCGAGUCGCCGAAUGCCAACUUGAACCGUCAUUCAGCCGUUCCGAUCCCUACAGUGCAUAUUGUUCGAAGAGCGAAAUUUUCACCACCGCCCCCACCUCCGCGGCGUCUACUUCUAACCCAAAGCUACCUGAAAACCUUGCAACCGCAAGAAACUCAAAGCACAAACACGACGACAUCAAUCUCAAUCGAUCAGUCGAAAGAAAAUGGAGAGUCUGGACAUACUGCUGACAAAAGCUUUUCGGCCGACGAGCAGCCAGAAAGCAGAAAAAUCGAAGCCGACAACAACCCCAGAACGUGCAACACUGCAUCGAAAAUAAUGACAACAAAGGCUGGCGAAGAAUCACAAGCAUCUGGGGAGAAUACCGAACUCAUCGACAAAGCCUGCAGACAAUCAAACAACAGCAAAAACGGCUCCGUCGAAGUCAGCACCACAACAUCAAGUCCAACGUUAACUUCAACCUCAACAACAACAUCAACAACUCCAUCACAAAGUCCAUCUCAGAGAGCUUCCGGCGGUGUUUCGGGUUUAAGUCCACGCCUAGAAAUGCGGCUAGCCUUGAACCACGACAUCAUGGGCGACGAAGAUUUAAUAAGCUACGAUCCUGGGCCCGAUCUUACAACAAUUCUAGGACACGACCUCUCCAGGUUCCAUCGUCUGACCGGAAGGGAUUUAUUAACGCGAUCAGCCAAUCGUGUUCAACCAAAGGAGACCGUAAUCUCGUACUCACAACAGCGAAAUUCAAAAAUGGACACUCCAACAUUAAACCGAAAAAUCCAGCAACAACACCAUCAACAAAGUCAAAGUACAUGGAACAGUUUUGCAUAUGCGGAUCGAACCGACGCAAGCGGAACGCACGACGACAGCAGCAUAGCCAGUACCAACGACCAGGACCGGCUGAGCGACCUGGAAAUCUUAGCGAGACGCGAGAAGAUAUACUGCAUGUCUCAAUUGAAGAGUGGCUCUCCAGCCAGCCAUCCUCCGAUGACCAGUCCAACAGUGAGGAGUACUUCUUUGACGGGAUCAGUAACUCAGAUUAAUCCACCCAACCAGUACAAGAGUACGACUGCAGACACCAGGACAAGUCGCUUUUUCAAUUUCCUAACACGUCGCAAUUCUGAGGACGCAGCGAAAAACAACUCCAACCAAUCUCUGAGCAGCUCACGUACAAGCAACAUCGCAGAGCGCAAAGUGCUUUCGCCCCGAAAAGAUAAUGAUAAACCCUCCCUAAAUCGUAGAUUUUGGAAGCAGAUCACCAAACGGAGACGAUCCCAUUCUUUUUCUGAAAUUGCAGCAAGUUAAUACCCCUCUGGAGUUGAUGCGAAACAAUCGAGCUCCGUUGAGGACUAGUCGAGACGGUCAACUUGCACGGUAGCUAACAGAUGUCAACGGUGCAUCUAACAAGUGAAUCCUUUAGCGAAAUAACGGUCGAUACUUAAACUUCAAUUGGAUAGCUUUAAACUUUGUCGAAAUUUAGUCAUUUAUAUUAGCCGGAGAUCUAGAAAAUUGAAUUAGUUAAGAUCGAUUGAGGUUGUGCCCAGGGGUUGCAUCAGAACCCACAUCGUUCCGCUGAAGCAGGAUCGAACGUUUUUGAUAUUCAAAAUAUUUUCAAUUAUAAUUUAUGGUGACUUGUGAAUGCCAUUGGCUUUCUAAUUAUCGCUACUGAGAAGAUUAAGUCAUUUCGGCACAAAACUAAUGAAAAGUCCAUUUUGUUCCGAGUAAACUCGACAGAUAUUAUAUAGACUUGAGAAAAAUCGUUACCGUUAUAUCAGACAAGCUCAGAAUUUGGUAUUAUUGUUUAUAUGUAGCCGUUAGUAGUGGAAAUCAAAAUAGCUCUAGUAUUUGAAAGAACGUGAUUAGUGUAGGAAAUCGAAAAGCGACGUAAACCCUGUAGGAGUAAGAAAAACAAGCAUUUAGUUAGCGAAGCUUAUGAGUGAUACUUACGCGAUACCGUAUGUUUCUUAAAGAAAUCUAAUAAACAUUCGACAAAGAAUUGCUUAUCGGUGACGGAGAAAUCCAUCAUGUACUCGUAUGUAUUGGAAAAUAGUUUCGGGUGGGAACUAUGCCUUGUACAAAAUACUCACUUAAACUUAACAUGACGGUAUUAUGUGUAGUAUGUCCCGUAAUGUUAGAAUAUUUUAGCAAAUUUUAAGCGGAGAUCACUCGUUGACGAUACUAUCUUUCCGCGAUUUUUCAAAUCCGUUUUUAACCAACUGCUGCUGCCGAUCCGUUUUUAUCUGAAAUGGCUGAAGCUGUUUACAGGAUUUUUAAUUCCUAAAAUUAAGCCCAGGCUUUUCUCUUUCUUGCGAACCUACCUUAAAGAUCUAACUGUAGAUAGUUCUCCUUCCUUCGAUUGACUUUGGUUCAAUUGGUGUCCAUCUCGUUGUUCUUGUCAACAACUAUUUGGCGGAAAUAAAACGCUUGUCCAAUCAGUAAUUAUAAACGCAUUACUGGGCAAAUUAUUGUGGAAACAUCAUGUUCGACGAUCUAUUCUUCUUUUUACCAGAAAUCACAAAUUACUUAUUUCAAGAAUCACUGUCCCUUUCAUCAGGGCGCCCUCUUCUGUUACUAGCCAAUAAAGGAAAAUUUUUUCAAACUGAUUCGUUUGUUUACUCUUUUGAGAGUUAGUCCGCCGUCGUUAACAUUCUGUAUAAUUCACUGAGGUUUUUCAAUAUGCCGCAGUCACAUCGGAUGGAUUUGUUCUUCUGGCUAUCCUUAUUCAUCAGAAAAUCUAAAAGGACCAUGCAUGUGAUGACGAAUCUUCAAUUAGACGGUACGCUAAAAUCAAUAUUUUUGGAUUCAGAGCCGUCAUCCACUCUCCAAAGGCAUUAACUUUUGUUAGGGCUAUAAUCGCACCUGAGCCAAUCCCUUAGAUGCCUAUGCCUAUUGUCAACCUCAAAUAAGAUUUGAUAUUCAUCAAGCAGCUAUGCAGGUAAUUUUUGCUUUACAAAACCGAUUUCGAAGAAAACUGUUAUUUAACACAUACCCAUAUCCAUGCUCUGCUCAUGCGCCUCCCCCCCAAUGGUUUCUGGAAUUAAGAUCUGAACCGCCUCACAAUAUUUGAAGAUCGUUUGAAUCACAACUUUCGACAUCGUCAACGAUCCAUGGCUGUCUGAUAUCGCCCUUAGAAUCACAAUAGAAACUUUCAGUAGUUUCUUCACAUUAAUUUGCUGCAUCCACUGCUAAUUAAUCUAGAUACAGUCUAAUCUUAGUCAGGCCACUGAGUAAAAAUGUUACGGUUUUCAACACGCACUCUGGCAUUAUUCCCCUUGGAUGUGUAAAACUUCAGCUCUAUUCUCACUUAACAUUUCCAAUAUAGAUAUGAGAUCGUUUCAUAGGAUUUCAUUUUGACAGCCCACCCAAUCUGAUUUUUGCUAUUCUUUCUUGGAUCUUUAAGAUCUGAUGGAUAUGUCAGGGGGACAACCAUAUUCUUAUCUAGAAGCAGUAAUUAUGUAGGAGUGAAUUAAUUUACUCUUUACCUGGGAGAACGCUAUAUUUUCACACACAAUUCUAUUUGCUCACGUAAUAGUGACGUUGAAGCUUAUAACGCUAUCUGAGGAGCAGUUUUAGGCCGUAAAUCCGAACUAUUUUGCUACAAUCAGAGUGACACCGGCGCAAUGAUUCAGUUGGUUGAGUGUCAGCCUUUCCAUCUCGUUGCUCCGGGUACGCUCGUCAUGAGAGAAGAAAUUGCGUGGAAGUCGAUACUUAAACUUCUUCCACAGAGGAGUUAGAAAAGUCAAGACGAAAAAUUAUCAGCCAUUUUUUCAAAACCUAGUUCUUCAUGUAUUACCUGCGCAGGGUGAUAUUUUCUCCAAUUCCCUCAUUUUUAAAGGUUUAUUUGAAAAAAAAGUACAAGUAGGCUUCUUUAAGAACGUCACUCAGCUAAUGCAACAACAAGUGAACUCCGAUUCUCCAGAAGCUGGGGGCUACUAUCAAGUUAAGGAAAAGAAGGAAUGCAUUCCUCUAGCUAUAAAUGAGGUACUUGAUUUUCAUUUCAUUAGACACUGGGCUUCGUUGGACUUUGUCAACUAAAAUUUAAAAUCAAUGAUAACAGAACAUUCGACAUCAAUGAUGCAAGAUAGACACGGAAAACACAACCCUACUCUUUCAGCUCCGUAAUUGGACCCACAGUUCACAGCUUGUCCAAAUUGGCACUAGUGACUUCAAAAGAUCAAGGUAUCAAUCUCAAUACUUCAAAUGUAUGGGGAGCUUCCACCAAUUUCCAAAGUCUGCUAUUUUAAAAAAAAAUUAAACAAAAAUCAAACGUAUAAUUCAAACACCUACGGAUACGUCUUGUCAUGGGCCGCGAGUUUCAAAAGUUUAUAUGUCAUGUGUUGACGGGGUAUCCACCCCUAAUUCGCUUUAGAAUAAAACGAAAAAGGGUACAACCUGCUCGUGCAAAAUCUAAAAUGUGUCCUGUGCAGCACUGAAGUUCAAUCAAAGACUUGACCACGUCUAUCAGUUCCUUACAACCGCAAUUUUGCUAAGUACCAUUCCUUCUUGACUUUUUUCUUCUUUUCUGUUUCCUAACUCUAAACUCUGAUGUGUUUUUUGGUGGAAUUCAUUCCAUUGUUUCAUACUAACAUAGGAACGAUGUUUGACGUUUCCCUUCGAAGGCACUUUAGGCGCCCCCGAAAUCUGUCAACUUUUUUCUGAAAAAUUGCUCGAGUAACAAUCUGUCCAAUAUGCCCCGCUGCUCUGGUCGAGAUGGAAACGGGCUGGACUGGGCAGGUUGCACUAGAUAGAAAAUGCCCAAGAACUGGGAUUUUCUAUCCCUUAGAAGGGAGCAGGCUUAUCGAUCUAUAGGACAUGAUAAGUUUUUUAUCUUUACCUUCUUUUAGAAUCAUCGUUAUUUGCGAUAAUGUCCAGGAAUUUGGAAAGUAAUCAAAAGGAAAAACACCAUUAAAUUUGUGUGUCAAUUGGAUAGUGGUAGAUCUUAGCAGUUCUUCACUCGUAAUAAGGUCGACACCAGGAACCUUCUUAGGAUCAAUAUGGUCUUGCACAAAUCUAGCAACUUUGGAAACUUUGAAAGGAAUUAGUUCGAAUAUAUCUUGGGAAAUCGAAAGCGGUAAUUGUUCCUGCGUUAACUGUAAGUUUAGUUGAAAAACGUCUCUCAAGUGUUGAGCCAAGAUUGAACCUUUCUCAACAGCAUUCAUCACCCAGUUCCCAGCAAUCCAUCCAAACCGGAUUGGAAACUGGCACAGGAUUGACCUAUUGAGCUCCUUGAUCGCUCUGAAAUGGGAAAAAUUCGUGUUUGGAAAAAGCGUUAGGUUUUCAAGAAAGCAUUCUUGAUACUUAUGUUUCCCCUUUCCCAAUUUCUUUUCUUCUUACUUUUACGAAUUUGGCGAUCUAAACUGUUGCCGCCCUCGCCGCAGUUGGCGUUUUUAAAGUUCUGUGUAAAUCAAAACCUUAUUAAAAUCGAUUCACUGUUUGUCUGUCUGUCACACGCACUUUUCUCCAAAACAGCUAAACUGAUCAGAACGAAAUUUGGUGAACAUAUGGGAGAUGUAAAAUUUUUUCAUCGGAUAUAGUCAUGUUGGAUAUCAAAUGAAAGGUAUCGAUUAGUGCUUUCCGAAAAUGAUAUUAUAAUAGUUUUCAAGUGAAUUGUAAAGUUCACGAAUAAGGUGUUAAAGUGUAGUCGGAAGACAGGGUCGUCCAGGUUUAAAUGGGCACAAGUCUGUCAUUGCAUUGCUACAUUGGAAACGGUGGUAAGGUUUUGAUUCUCUAUUAAGGUUUUUUUUUUAAUGGUAGACGAAAUUUUUGAAUCACUUUAACGUACACUGAAUAAAAUAUAAAAUAGAACGAUGAAAAUGCAUCUUUAUUCGAUUUCUUGUUAACAUUUCAUUUUGAACAAGUCUUAGAGAUUUUUACCAUGCACACAAUCCCAUCGGGGGGUAGCGUUACAUGCGGAUGCAGGCUGCUCCUCCACAUAAAAACAAAUUUGAUUUCAUCGCACAAUCGUAAUCCAAAGAAGCUUUACAGUUUCCCAAUUUGACUAAUUUGCAAAGCUGUUGCUUCGAAAAAAGGGGAUGGAUAACUGUUAAGAUUUCGGAGAAGGGUUGACUGAAACAUCAGUGUGAUUGCAGCACUAUAAGCUGAAAUAAUACUGGAAUAUCUUGGAAGCUUAAUGGCCAAACAACAAGCUGAGCUCAGAGUCUUGCUGCACUAACUGCAUCUAAACCGCGAUAUUGAACUCGAUAGCACCAACAGUGAGUCUAUCUGAAGCACUUUAUUUUUCAAAAGGGUGUUAAAUUCUGCAUACUACAUUCUAAAAUCUUACAAGAACUGGCUUCAUAACAUUACAGCCAAACCUUUCGUAUAUAAUAACAAUACACUGAAAUGCAGUUGGAUUGUGCCACCUUCAUUACAGUAGCCCAGAAUGAAUUCAGUUUGACCAAACUUCAAUUUGGGUGACAUUGUUCUCACCUACCUUUUCUGUCGUGCUUGAAAUACUGAUUUUUGAGCAAAUUUCCAAGUUUUUAAAACUUUUGUGUCAGACUGUCGUUUCCUUAAUAUGUAGUUAGAAAUAAUCAAAAUCUACCGAUGACUUCUGCCCGGCAAUGAUGUGAGACUCGUAAUUACUAAAAUCAAACCACUCACAUUGUAAGUGAAGUGUAGAAUUAAUACUCCCUCGUACAUAGCUAUUAACAGUAAGGGAUCUGGGAUGAAACCCUGUAAGAUGGGGCCAAUUGUCUGGAACACUUCUUGUAGCCCAACCUAGGCUUUGAUUAUUUGAUUCCACUUGGCGGAAAUGAACUAUUUCUUUACAUUAAGGAAAUCAUUUUGCAGUAUUUGACUUCGGUCAUCAAUUCACUACGUUGACAGUUGAAAGACCCACAUAGAAACAGUCAAUUUUAUAUUAUCUGCUCGAUUUUCCAUAUUUCCCUAAUUGCCGCUUACAAAGCCUUAUUUUAAAUUCGAUCCAGUCCCGAGGAGCCAUUUCCAAUGAAUUUCUUCGAGGCAUCCAGAAUUUCCUCAUGUUGCUUCAGAGUUUUCGUAAACUGCAGAUGUGUCCUUCAGGAGUAUAUCAUUUAACAUUUCUGUGACGACCCAGCUUAGCGCUAUUCUUUUGGCCUGAAGAUUGCGUUGCCUACAUUUCUCCCUUACAUGCCAUUAGAGUUCUAUCGCUAACGAACGUGAAGUCUUCUACCGGUCCUAAUUUUCUCCUUUGUAAAAUAUUAUUUAUAUGAUUACCAUUUACCUUUGAAUGAGCCAUAGCGCGUCAAAAAUACCUAAGUUGGUUGCCAUCGUUGAUGAUGAUAGCCUUUCACGACUAACAACGAAUGCUCUGAGUGAAUUCUUAAUCCCCAUCUCAAAAGGAGGUCACCGUUUUAGUAGGAUUAUGAUGCUAUAUGUUAAUAACGAACAUUUUUAGAAGGCCCACUUUCUCCUUGAUACACCUAAGUUACACGGCCAUUUAGUCUAUAGUGAUUGGUCCCUUCUCCUCUUGCAUAUUUGGCGGAGUUGAAACAUGACCAUAUUUUUCAUUCUACCAGUUGUUGUAAUGGCUUGAAUCAAAAGAUAGUUUCUCUAUUAACGAAGCAAAUUCCUCUAAUAUAAGACUCGGUGCAGCGUCACAGCUCCAGAUGUAUACCCUCUAUUUUGCCAAGAAUGAAUCUAUCGGCUUAGUACUUAUCUUUUGGAUAAUGUUUUGUAUCCUUGAGCUGAUUGGUGUUAUUUAUUAGUUUUAAAGGCACCAUACAUAAUAUUUCGGAACCUAUUUGUUUUUCAAUUCUUCCUCGAAUCAUAUCCUGUUGAGAUUAUAUGGGCUGGUAUAGUGCUGUAAGUAUAAUAUAUCUCCUACAAAAUCAUCAAAUCAUUGACUUUGCCUUUCACCAUUUGGCUCCAAUCUUAUACUUCCCCACUUAUCAUUAGGGUACAUGGUAAAUAUGAAUCCGAAGAUGCUUCUCUAGAAGUUUGCGAUAAGGAAAUGAAGAACGUGAUAAAGGUUCCUUAUUACUCGUAGAAUGGAAUUAUCCCUACCUCGAUAAGCAAUUCAUUUGACUAUUACAUAGAAGCAAGCGUAGAACCUUGCAUUGUGAUUUUGUGGGAUUUAUUAUAUAUAUAGAUCCAUUUUUCCAGUUCCUUACACGAAUGAACAAAAAAAAAUAUAUAGUCGCAAAUGCCAACACUUUCAGUACUUUUAUAAUAUUUUUGAUUCGAUAAAAUUACAUACGACAAUUUUAUGUUGACUAUCUUUGUUCAGCCGUACUUUCAAUGGAAUAUUUUUAAAAUCUACGUAAUAAUUUAUCGCGCGAAUUACCCUCCACAGCUGCUAAAUUCCGCUUCAAUGUGAUCGCCACUAAUAAACUCGCCCAAUUAUUUCUAAAACGAUAUGUCCAGAAAUUUACAAUGUAAUUCGUCCUUCAGAUUUUAUCAUCCUAAUCAUAAGAUAUUUAGAGAAGCAAAUAUAUCCAUUUAAAAAGAACAUUAAACAGAUCGCUUUAGCGAGAUAUGCAUUCGUCACUACAUUUGCCAAACAAAUGUAUUUAUUUAACUAUAAAUAGUGAACUAAAAUCAUAACAAUGAAGUGAAUGCACUUACAUAGUUUAGGGAAUCAAUAGAAGAUUUUCAGUAAAAUAACAAAUCAAAAACGUAAAAACACCCAAACACAGAAGAAACCUAUUUUUGCCUUACUAAAAAUAUAGAGAAAAUUAUGGUCAUGACUUGCCUCAUUUUAACGAAAUAUAUAAAUGUAAAAUUACAGAUCCUUCUACAAACCUCAAAACAUUGCUGAACACCCAAUGCUAGCUUUAUUCAUUUCACCAUAAUUCUCAGCGAAUAAGGUUCACUCAGUUGCUCCUCAUGCAAGGCUUAUACCGGAAAACAACCAGAAGGGGAAUUUUAAUUCAUAUAACCAAAUCUCAAGUAAAAUUUUACUCGACGCAUAUAAUAAAUUAAAUAUUCUGUCAAAAAAUCAAAAAACACAUUUUCAAAUCGCAUACUAACAAUACAGUGCAUAUAUUAAAAGUUCACAUUCCUCAUGAAAACAAGUGAAACUUAAACUCAUUCACUUAAAUCGAUUACAUAAAACAAAAGAUUUAUUAACUUGCAACUAGAGCGAAUCUCUAUGAGAGUUAUUUUUAAAAGUAUUUAAUAAGAUAAGAGGAAACUUCAUUUUACUUUUAUUAUUAUUAUAUACAUAUUAAUACUAAUCAACUGUUUAAAAAAGAAAACUGUAGAUAAAGUGGAGACGAAGUGAAAUUUAUUCUAAAAAGAAACGGAAACAUCAACACUAUUUCAAUAAAUAUGUUGAA